CACAUUAGCGUCCGUGGCCGCUGCGCCGCGCUACAGCUCGCGAAUCGUCGAGACAAAGUCCGGCGCCAUUCGCGGAGUCAUCCUCGAACUCAACUCCAAACACCUCGAGCCGGUUGAGGUGUUCAAAUCCGUACCAUACGCCGCUGCCCCCAUCGGGCCCUAUCGCUUCGCGCCACCUCGCAAAUUGAUCCCCUGGAGUGGAACGAAACUCGCAGACACAUUCGCACCUGUGUGUCCCCAGAAUUAUCCAGACGUUGCAAAUCGAAGUGCCGCAUUAAUGUCGAUGCCAAAAGGACGAUAUCAGUAUCUGAAGAAGGUCAUUCCGCUUCUUGUGAAUCAGAGCGAAGAUUGCCUCACACUCAACAUCUACGUUCCCGGCAGUGGGAAUCGCGGCCUGGAAGCACCGUACUCGGUCUUCUUCUACGUCCACGGCGAGUCUUUCGAGUGGGGCUCCGGAAAUCCAUACGAUGGCUCCGUGUUGGCAAGCUACGGUCACGUUAUCGUGAUUACAGUCAAUUAUCGCCUCGGAAUUCUCGGUUUCAUCAGGACCAGAGCCAACUCGCCGGCGGGCAAUCUCGCCCUCCUCGACAUCGUGGCCGCCCUUCAAUGGACACGCGAUAACAUUGCGGCCUUCGGCGGCGAUCCCAGUCGGCUGACCAUUGUUGGUCACGACACUGGCGCGGCUCUCGCAAAUUUGGUGCUCAUUUCCAAGGCUUCGAAAGGUCUCGCCCAUCGAGCCAUCCUGCUAAGUGGGUCAGCGCUGAGUCCAUGGGCAAUUAUUCCCAACCCCGAUCGCGUACGUGAAGAAGUAUCCCAGCAAAUGGCCUGCCAUUUGGACACGAGUGGCGUGAAGAGGAAUGCCAAGGACGUGACUGAGGAUGUGAGUGAGUGUCUGAAAUCGAAGCCUCUCGAGGCGCUCAUGGGCGUGAGACUGGAGACGGUGAGGUUCAUGCCAUCGUGGGGACCGACGCUACCCCUGGAGGACGGCAUGGACCCGGAGGCCGCCAUGGAGCACAGCAGCGAGGGCUUCAUCACCAGCGAACUGAUGAUCGGCAUGACCACGACUGAGAGCUACAAUGACUUCAGCGCGGCGGAUAUUCAGUACGGACUCGAGGAGGAGCAGCGGAAUCGCCUGCUGAGGACCUACAUUCGGAAUGCCUUCACGUUCCACCUCAAUGAGAUCUUCUCGGCCGUGAGGAAUGAGUACACGGACUGGGACAAGCCCAUUCAGCAUCCCAUCAAUAUUCGGGACUCUACGAUGGAAGCCUUGAGUGAUGGCCACACUGUUGCACCUCUCAUCAAGACUGGAUAUCUGCACGCACGCCGAGGCGCCAAGACGUACCUCUUCCACUUCGGCUACCAGACCAAGGACUCGGAAUAUCCACAACGACUCGGCUCCGUCCGUGGUGAGGACAUCCCUUACAUUUUUGGCCUGCCACUCGUACUGGGAAUGCCCAACUUCCCGCAGAACUACUCACGCCAGGACAUGGGAGUGGCCGAGGCGGUGCUCAACUUUGUCACGAAUUUCUGCAAGACUGGCGAUCCCAACGAGGCCGGCCAUCAACAGGCGAUGCUCCAUCCGGACUAUGGAACGGCACGCGAGAGGACGCGCUACCGUGGAAUCACCUGGGAGACAUACGAGACAACAACGCAGCAGUACCUCAGCAUAUCCCUCAAGCCAAAAAUGAAGAGUCACUAUCGAGGCCAUAAGAUGUCAGUGUGGCUCAAUCUCAUUCCUCAGCUCCAUCAGCCCGGCGAUCCCGAAGUCUCCAUGCGUCACCAUCACUUUAGGGAGCGUGAUCCGAGUUACUAUGCAGGAGCCGUGCGAGCUGAGUCCUUCACAAGGCCCAAAAUCCCCUUCCCGGCUGACAUUAGCGGCGUGCAGGAGUCGCGCCAGGAGAACUUCAAUCCCGAGUGCACGCCGGAUCCUACCCUCGGCGAGGCACUCCAGGACACAGAGGACACCACACUCUCUGCCGACGAGGAGGAGGAGUUGCUGCAGAAGCUCGCCUCGAAGCACUACUACAGCUACACUGCCGCCCUGGGCGUCACAGUGGGCGUGGGAUGUCUCCUGCUCAUCCUCAACAUGCUAAUAUUCGCGGGGAUUUAUUACCAACGGGACCGCUCCCGCCGAAAAAACCGAACAUUGCGCCGUCACCAGAGCUCCGGCUCAGGACAUGGGAGUCCAGUGGAUGGAGAAAUUCCAUUAACGGUGCGCCCCAACAACUCGCCAAAUGGGAAAAGGCAGCCGGAGCCGCCGCCCAACUACACCACCCUGCAGAAGCGGAGCCCCUGCACCCUCAGGAAGGACCAAUGCGGAACACUCACGCGGAAGGGACACUCGGACAAGUGCAAGCAGGCUCAUCAUCACUCGGCCAACUGUCCCAAUCAGCACAAGUGUUCGGCGGCGAAGGGGCACCACGGGGCUCCGCCGCAGCCCCCCAUUCGCACAUCCAGCAACCCAGACGCACUGCCCAGCGGCCCGCAUCUGGCCGACGUGGCGCACCUGCAAGUGCCGCCGGCCAUGGUGCCCAGCUCGAGUCCCAGCGCGGGAAACACGUCCACCCUGAAGAAGAGGGUGCAGAUCCAGGAGAUCACCGUAUAGCACAGGUACAGCACAGCCGAUCUGCGAGAGGCUGUGUGAGACCCGAUUUUCAUAUGAACCACUUUCUUAGGACAGACGAUGAGUUUAGUUGAGUUGUUUGAUCUUCAUCACCCAUAUGACGAUUUUUGUACACGUACACUAUAUAUGGAUCUGUUGACAACAAUAAUUUUGAUAGGCCGUGAUAUUUUAGUGAUGUAACUUUUGUAAAGAUGCGCUAGGUGAGGUUGUAGGUUCCAAUGUAAGACAGCAUCAUAAUCAUCGUGAUAUAUAGGAGAAUUUGUAUGGGAGUCACAUAAAACAUUUCAUUGUACAUGUGUGAAAGAGUGUGGAGUUUUGAUCAAGCUGUAGAGCAGAAAUUUGUGGGAGAUCUGAUACUGAUAUAUGUAAACUGUCUUGAAGAAUGCUGUAAGGAGAGUUGAAGUUUUUUUUUUGAAUCUAUACAGAAAUAAUGUCAUAGUAAUCCCACUUUAAUAUCCCAGAAAAAUCCACAGUCCUCUUCAAAGGCGCGGCAAUUGAGAUGAUUGCAAAACUUCUGCGAAGCCCCAGAAUAGAUGUAAUUAAAAUGUUCCCAUAAAUGAUAUUUAAUAGCAAACUAAUUGUGCAGGAAAGAAGCCACAAACAUGAGAGAACAAAUAACCGUAUACCUUUCUGGAAAAUAAAUAUAAAUGACUCGCCAUGAUAAUACCCAUCUGAGUCGCAAUUGUGGAGAUGGAAAGUAAGAGAGAGAAAGAGAGAGAGAGAAAAUCAAUGGACAGUAUGGCGAGUGAGGACAUUCUGCAGAAACGGAAUUGUUAUCAUGUAAAUUAGUAACUGAAAUGCGAAGAGUAAAAAAAAACACUGUACAUAUAAAUUCA